AUGGACCUACCCGGGCUGACAGCCAGAUGGGAAAUACUCCUGCCACAUCAAGUACCAGUGCUGCUGGCAGCGACAACCCACCAGGAGCUUCUGCUGUAUCCUGUUAUGGAAGAGCAUGGACUUACCAACGAGCCUGGGGCUGGGGUUGGGCUCUACCUGUCUCCUGUCUCACAGUGCCGCUCUAUCGGGGCGUCGACGUGCCACAUCGGGCCCACUGUUGGAAACCACCUAAAGGCUUGCUAG